UCUCUGGAAAAGUUCGAGUCCGCGGCGCUGAUCGUCUCAGUCGCUCCAGUGACAGCGGCCAAUUCUCCGUGUGUCUGCGGGACAGAGGCGGUACAAUCCUCGGCAGUGUUCUGAGACUGUACGCCCCCGAAACCCCCUCGACCACCGGCUCCAGGAGCUCCAGAGCACCGGCGGCGGCAGCAGCAGCAGCAGCAGCAGCAGCCCGGUCCUGCAGCCUCUUCAGCCGGCCUGACUCUGUGGACUAACCCGCUGCAGACUCGGUUCUCCAGCAACAGCUUGAGUUUCAUUAUUGUGACUCUGAAGUUGGACUAAAACCAUCGCCCGGAUUAAAGCAUUGAUUCGUGCAGAGGAGGAAACAUGACUGGAGAUAAAGAGAAGAAGAGGAGCAGCUCGGAGCGUCGUAAGGAGAAGUCUCGUGACGCAGCUCGAUGUCGACGCAGCAAAGAGACGGAGGUUUUCUACGAGCUGGCUCACCAGCUGCCGCUCCCCCACAACGUCAGCUCUCACCUGGACAAGGCCUCCAUCAUGAGGCUGGCUAUCAGCUUCCUGCGCACACGCAAGCUGCUCGCCACAGGCUGCAGCAGCAGGAGCGGGGACGGCGAUGCCGACGGACAGAUGGACAGUCAGUACCUGAAGUCUCUGGAGGGCUUCGUCACCGUGGUAACGUCAGACGGCGACAUGAUAUUUCUGUCCGAGAACAUCAACAAAUUCAUGGGGCUCUCGCAGGUGGAGCUCACUGGUCAGAGCAUCUUUGACUUCACACACCCGUGUGACCACGAGGAGAUCAGAGAAAACCUCAGUCUGAAGACAGCUGGCAGCGGUUUCGGUAAAAAAGGCCGAGAGCUGAACACGGAGCGAGACUUCUUCAUGAGGAUGAAAUGCACGGUGACCAACAGGGGGCGCACGGUGAACCUGAAGUCGGCCAGCUGGAAGGUUCUGCACUGCACCGGACACCUGAGGAUGUACAACAGCUGCCCUCCCAGAGUGCUUUGCGGCUUCAAGGAGCCUCCGCUCACCUGCGCCGUCCUGAUGUGCGAACCCAUCCCGCACCCGUCCAACAUCGACACGCCGCUGGACAGCAGGACCUUCCUGAGCCGACACAGCAUGGACAUGAAGUUCACCCACUGUGACGAGAGGGUAACACAACUGAUGGGUUACACACCUGAGGAUCUGCUGGGUCGCUCGGUUUACGACUUUUACCACGCCCUGGACUCCGACAGCGUCACCAAGAGUCACCACAACUUGUGCACCAAGGGGCAGGCGGUGAGUGGUCAGUACCGAAUGCUGGCGAAGAACGGAGGCUACAUCUGGGUGGAGACUCAGGGAACUGUCAUUUACAACAGUCGCAACUCGCAGCCUCAGUGCAUCGUCUGCAUCAACUACGUCCUCAGUGACAUCGAGGAGAAGUCGAUGGUUCUCUCCCUGGAGCAGACGGAGUCGCUGUUCAAGCCGCGUCACAUGAGCAGCUUCUUCACUGCAGGAGGCGCAGGUGUGACCGGAGAGCCUGGAGACAACCUCUACACCAAAUUCAAGGAGGAGCCGGAGGACCUGGCUCAGCUGGCUCCGACACCCGGGGACACCAUCGUUUCCCUGGACUUCGGUCGUCCUCAGUUCGAGGCGUCCUCCGCAGCCAUGCUCCCUCCAGGACCUCCGUCCUGGGGCAGCGAGAGCCACAAGCCCGCCGCUCCAGGUCAGACCCCGGCUCCAGGAGACAUGACUAACAUGGCUGGAACAUUCACCGUGCAGCAAAACCCGCCGCCGGGCAGCGCCACUCCGAGCCUCAGCAGCUGCUCCACGCCGAGCAGCCCAGGUGAUUACUACAGCUCGGUGGAGAGCGACCUGAAGGUGGAGCUGACGGAGAAGCUGUUUGCUCUGGACACAGAGAGCAACAACAACAGUCCUGCAAACACAGAGAGGGACUUGACUGACUUGGACCUGGAGACCCUGGCUCCCUACAUCCCGAUGGACGGAGAGGACUUCCAGCUGAACCCCAUCAUCCCAGAGUCCGAGUCCCUGGAGGGGAGUCCAGCCGGGUCGAUGGGGAGCAGCACUCUGCAAACACGCCAGGCGUCCCACCAGAGCUUCAGCAACAUCACCAGUCUCUUCCAGCCCCUGUCCUCGCCACCGCACACCCAGGGCCGCUAUCAGGCCUGUCCAGCUGCAUCCUGGGCCACGGGGGAGAAGAGGGGCUCCGGCCAGGCGGCGGUGAACCCUCACGCUGUGCCGUACAUGAUGCAGAGUCCCCCGUACCAGGCCCCUGCAAGCACCCCUCUGUCCUCCAUGGGUGGCCGGCAGAAUCUGCAGUGGCCACCGGACCCUCUGUUAACUUACCAACAACAGCCACACGCCGCCAAGGCCUUCCUGCUGGAGAGCGUGUCGGGAGAGACGCACCCGUCCUGCCAACAGAACAUGACACAUCACAUGCAGAAACAGAGGUCCAUUGAAAAUUUUGUCCAAGCCUACAGAGACAUGAGUCCGGCCCGAGUGGCCAUGACCAACAGCAUCAAGCGCUCCUUCACCCAGAUGACUGCAGGCGACAACAAGGCGUCAGAACUCAUGUGGAAGAAGAUGAGGGGUGAGAGCUGCGUCGCCAUGGAUCGCUCCCUCAGCGCAGGAUCACUGGCAGAGUCGAGGAUGAUGCCCGGCAGCAUGUCGUCAUGUCUCGCCUCCCUGCAGCAGCACAGAAAGUCUCAGUUCCCAGGAAACGGGAUGAGUGGCACAAACCAGAAGGUCUUCACACGGAAGAGCUGCAACUACAGCGAUUAUAACCUGCUGCCGUCAAACAAGGCCGAGGGUAUAGCUAGUCGUCUGCUGGGCCCCUCGUUCGAGCCCUCCUGUCUGCCGGAGCUGACCCGUUACGACUGCGAGGUCAACGUGCCGCUGCAGGGGAACCUGCACCUCCUCCAGGGCUGCGACCUGCUGAGAGCCCUGGACCAGGCCACCUAGAGCCCCAGAUCCAACCCCCACCGUAGACCCAGACUUUAUCCCAGCCCUGAACCUCAGCCUGCAGCCUGAGACUUACAUUUUACACCUCCGGGCCCCUGAAAGCCCCGAGGCUAAGCUACCUAUAGGGAAUGUGCUCAUAACCACAUCCUGCCUUAUUCAGCUCAGUUCACCGCCUCCCUGUCCACAGAUCUGUCAACAGAAUCACACGGGUCAGAGGACGCGGGUGAGAAAAGGUCAACGUGGGUCAAUUUUCUUACAGAAUCUAAAACGAUGCCUGACCUGUGUCGUGUGUUCAAACGUCUCGACGCUGUGAUUCCUCGAAGGUCACAGGUCGAGUGCGUUCACACGCGCAGGAUAAACUCGGGUCUUUUGGUGUAAACAGGGUAUUAGAGGUGUGAGAUUCACACACACACACACACACACACACA